AUGGCUCAAGAGGAACGUCAAAUAGUUCUCAUCAGUGGCGUCAAUGGCUACAUCGCGGCUCAAGUGGCCAAAGCAUUCCUGGACGCAGGAUUCAAAGUCCGGGGCACGUCAAGGUCAACAGAAAAUACUAAACCUCUGACGGAAGGUCCAUUGAAGGCUGCGUUCGAGGCUGGCGAUUUCGAGGUUGCCGAGGUUCCGGAUAUCACCAUUCCUGGGGCUUUCGAUGAAGCUGUGAAAGGCGUAACUGCCAUCCUCCACACAGCGGCUCCGGUAUCCUUGUCGUUCACUGACCCGGAACCGGUCAUGUAUGCCGCGAUUCAAGGGACUUCGUCGAUCCUGAACUCCGCCCUCAGCGCAGGUUCGCAGCUGAAAUCUGUGGUGUUCAUGAGCUCAAUUGCUGCUGUCAGAGGUGCUCAGCAGCCACCGUACACCUUCACCGAGCAAGACUGGAAUAAUUAUUCAGAAGGGGAGGUCAACCGGCUGGGAAAGGAGGCCUCCAGCAUUCAUAUUUACUUUGCUAGUAAAACAGCUGGGGAAAGGACGCUGUGGGAGUUUCAGAAGCAGCACACACCGUCAUUUGCAGUCACGGCGAUAAAUCCUGUACUGGUGACUGGACCACCCCUCGUUGCGCCCAAGGACUCGAAGAAGGUAGGCGAGACUGUACGCAACGUAUGGGAAGUUCUCUCAGGGCAGGAUAUCACUCCACCAUUCGAUGGUCCAGGUAACUACGUCGAUGUGCGCGACGUUGCCCGCCUUUUCGUCUGGGCUGUCGAGCAUCCGGAGAAGGCGAAUGGCGAGCGGUAUAUCGCGUCCAGUGGUCUCGGAUCUGGAAACAAGAUCGCCGCAAUCCUGCGAGAGCAUUAUCCUGACCGCCGCGACAUUAUUAAGGACUAUCCUGCUGGGCAACAGCAACCUGGGUACGAGAUUGAUGCGUCGAAGGCGGUCAAAGCGACAGGCCAAGCCUUUAUCCCUUACGAAAGGAGUGUCCUAGAUGCUGCGAAGUCGUUUGAAGUAUAUUUAUGA